GCAAGGGAGACUCCGACCCGUAUUAGAAUUAUCGCCAAUUUAUAGCCCCGCCGGCCGCCGGUCUCCAUCGAUCCAGAUCUAGCAGCAGGCAAGAACCUUUCAAAACAAAACUGCCGCCGCGGCCAAAGCUCCCGGGCCUAGCGGCAACAUCGGCUUGAGCAAGGCCAGGCGCUACUGGCCGGGAAAGGCGCCAGAUUGGUGUGACGGCGCCGCGGCCGAGGAGGCCGAUGAUCUCAGGACCGCAUGCCUCUGCCUCGAGAACAAGGGUCUACGGCGCCUCAAGGUCGCGAAGAACCAGCUGGAAAAACAGAGCAUGGAUCACCGCCGUGUACGGCGGCCCGAGGUAGUAUCGACCGUUGUCCAGGAGAGAGAGACGGAGGAGGACGAGGAGAAGCGCCGGAUGAGGAUAAGGGAGAGGCGCCUGCUCUUAGGAGAGGAGGAGGAGCUUCUUCCCCACGAGGAAGCGGAGGCCGAGGACGAAUCAGAGUACGAGACAGAAUCAGAGGACGAGCAGCAGCUGUACAUUACUACUAUGGCGAAGCCGGCUCUGUUCGUACCGAAGCCGCAGCGCGUCACCAUCGCGGAGAGAGGCCGGCUCGAGGAAUGGGGGCGGCGGCUGGAGGAGCUGGCCAAGAAGAGACUUGAGGGCAGGAGGGUCGAGACGAGGCAGAUCGUGGUGGAAGAGAUCAGGAAAGAAGGUCAGGCUGACAAGAUGACGCUCAACGACGACGAGGAUGGCGUUGACACGGAUGAUGAACUCAAUGAGGCCGAGGAGUACGAGUUGUGGAAGCAUCGAGAGAUUGCAAGAAUCAAGAGGGCUAGGGAUGGGGAACCUGAGAUUAAGAAGAUGAGCAUUUCAAACAAGGAAUAUGAGCUGACGAAGCUAGAUCCGCUUGCACGACGACCCAAGAAGAGGCAGAGGAGGUUUCUGCAGAAAUACUACCACAAGGGCUCCUUCUUCCAGGAAGAUGCCGAUGAUACGCGUGAUUUCUCUGCCCCGACUGGAGAAGAUAAGAUGGACAAGAGCAUCUUGCCCAAGGUGAUGCAAGUUAAGAACUUUGGCCGGAGUGGACGAACCAAGUGGACACAUCUUGUUAAUGAGGACACUUCAUAUAGGAAUACACCAUGCAUAUUCGCAUCUGUUGCAUGCUAGUUUUCUACAUGAUGUUACCGACUUGGCUUAAUGCAUUCCUGGGGUAUCCACUGUAAACAUGUUAUCUUGCAUGUAGUUGGUGUAGGAAAAUAGACUAAAUCUUGAGCUACCUUCAGGCUUCAGCAAUGAUGAUUUUGUCAAUUUUCAUUUGGAAAAUAUCACCGUGGUGUAGAUGUCUGAAACUCUCAAUAAAUUGGAUAGAGCCCAUUAUGUUACUCUGUUUACCCA